AUGGGAUCAAUCACCACUCCAGACCAUGGCACCAAGUUUGUCUUAACAGCGGAAGCUUUGAACAAGGCUCUGCCAAAUAUGCAUCCUUCCACAAGAGCUGUCCACGCCGACGAUUUCGUUACCCCUCAUAGAGCUAUUGCUCCGGGAAUGCACACAGCAGUGAAUUUCCGAUAUGCGCGAGACCCGGAAGACCUAGUUCCAGAGGAGAACAAAGACCCAAAUGCUCCAGAUGAUUCUCACGUCUAUUCCCGAUACACUGCACCAAACUCCAAGCGUCUCGAGGUCUUGCUUCGAAGCCUUAUGGGCGGAGAAGUGAUUACUUAUUCCACCGGACUUUCUGCCUUCCAUGCGAUGGUCAUACUGAUCAAUCCCAAGAAAAUAUUUAUUGGUGAUGGAUAUCAUGGAUGCCAUGGUGUUUUGGAUAUCAUCCAGCGAUUGACGGGUAUUCAAAAGCUAGAGUUGACUGAUGUUGACCAAGCCGUCCCUGGCGAUAUAAUUCAUGUCGAAACGCCUUUGAACCCAACUGGCGAAGCUCGGAAUCUAGCAUAUUAUCGGGCGAAAGCAACAGAAAAAGGCGCAUAUCUGACUGUCGACGCAACAUUUGCCCCUCCGCCACUCCAGAACCCUCUGGACCUUGGCGCCGAUGUUGUGAUGCACAGUGGAACAAAGUAUGUGGGCGGUCACUCUGAUAUGCUCUGCGGUCUUCUCGUACUUGCUGAGGAACGUGUAAAACAAGGAUGGCUGAAGACACUGCACAAGGAUCGCCAAUAUAUUGGUAGUGUCAUGGGCAGCUUUGAGGGGUGGCUGGGUAUUCGGUCUGCUCGCACUAUGCAGCUUCGUGUCAUGCGACAGGCAGAAACGGCGCAGAAACUUGCAAGUUGGCUGCAAGAGCAACUUUCAGACCCGAAGUCAUCAGUUGGAAAGGUUUUAAGCCACGUUCAACAUGCCUCGCUGCAAAAGGAUGAUCUGGAGAAUGGCUGGCUUCAAAAGCAGAUGCCUGGAGGCUUCGGGCCAGUUUUCUCGAUCUGGGCUCACAAUCCAGAGCAUGCUCGUCGAUUGCCUAGUAGAAUGUAUGUUUUUCAGCAUGCUACUAGUCUGGGAGGAGUUGAAAGUCUGAUGGAAUGGCGAGCUAUGAGCGAUGCUGGCUGCGACAAGCGACUUCUGCGAGUCAGCUGUGGUAUUGAAGAAUUCGAAGAUUUGAAAGCGGACAUUCUGCAAGGAUUUGAGUCGCUUCUGCGCGAUUUUUCUUAG